GCCAGUCCGGCCGAGAGCGUUUACGGAUCCGCCGCCUUUCAUUUUGUGAGGCGGACCUCCGGACCGGCGGAGCCUGGAAAGCGUGCGAGGGCGUAUGUGCAUAAACGGGACGCGUUGCUUCCAAAAUGGUUCGGGAAACCAGACACCUUUGGGUGGGAAAUUUACCCGAGCACGUUCGGGAGGAGAAAAUUGUUGAACAUUUUAAACGGUAUGGGCGUGUGGAAAGUGUUAAAGUUCUGCGGAAGCGGGGGUCAGAGGGUGGUGUGGCAGCCUUUGUGGAUUUUGUGGAUAUCAAAAGUGCUCAGAAGGCUCACAAUGCUGUCAACAAGAUGGGGGACAGGGACCUCCGAACUGACUACAAUGAACCUGGGUCGGUCCCUAGUGCUGUUCGGGGCCUUGAAGACAACCCCCCCUCGAGCAGUCGGGAUGUUUCAGGAUUCUCUAGGGGGGCAGUCGGUCCAGUGUUUGGUCCCCCAGUGUCCCUUCACAGCAGAGAGGGACGUUAUGAACGGAGAAUAGAUAGUAGCUCAGAAAGUCGGGAACGUGCAUAUGAUCACAGCCCGUAUGGACACCAUGAGCGUGGGGGUACCUUCGACAGGCAGCGUCACUACAAUGCUGAUUAUUACCGUGAUCGUUCCAUGUUUGCUGCUGCUGGCCCCGGGAGCAGUGCUAUGAGUGGAAGCUUUGAGGCGUCAGACCCACAUUUCGAGUCUAGAAUCCGAGACCCUUUUACUCUCACCAGUGCUGCACGCCGUGACCUUUACAGAGAUGACAGAGGGCGACGUGUUGACAGAACUUACCAUCAUCGUCGCAGCCGAUCUUCUCAUUCCUCUCAGUCACGACACCCUUCCCCACAACGGACCACAGCACAAACCCCCAAAGCUUCUCAUUCCCCUAAAAGAGCUCCACUGUCGCCUGGGAGAGGCCCACGUUCUCGAUCACGAAGCAGAUCCUCGAGCUCUGAUUCGGUCAGCAGUACCAGCAGCACAGGCAGUGGCAGUGAUUCUAACAGCAGCUCAAGUGAUGGAUCCCGUGCACGUUCUGUUCAGUCAUCUGCUACACAUGCACCUCCCCAGUCUUCCUUGGUUCUGGAUUCGGAUGAGCCACGUCGAAGCUUUGGAAUAAAGGUGCAGAACCUCCCUGUGCGCUCCACAGAUACAAGUUUAAAAGACGGACUCUUCCAUGAAUUUAAGAAACAUGGGAAAGUGACAUCAGUACAGAUCCAUGGGGCAUCAGAAGACCGAUAUGGCUUGGUGUUCUUCAGACAGCAGGAGGAUCAAGAGAAAGCCCUUACAGUCUCCAAAGGAAAGCUGUUCUUUGGAAUGCUCAUAGAGGUCACUGCUUGGAAUGGCCCUGAAACAGAGAGUGAGAAUGAGUUCAGGCCUUUGGACGGUCGGAUAGAUGAGUUUCACCCUAAGGCUACAAGGACACUAUUUAUAGGCAACCUGGAGAAAACCACCAGUUAUCAGCAGCUCCUGGAUAUAUUUCAGCGCUUUGGAGAAAUAGUGGACAUUGACAUUAAGAAAGUGAAUGGAGUUCCACAAUAUGCUUUUGUGCAGUACUCUGAUAUUGCUAGUGUUUGUAAAGCCAUAAAGAAGAUGGAUGGAGAAUAUCUGGGGAGUAAUAGACUCAAGCUUGGUUUUGGAAAGAGUAUGCCCACAACUUGUGUUUGGCUGGAUGGUUUGGCAUCCAAUAUAACAGAGCAGUACCUCACACGCCAUUUCUGUCGCUAUGGACAUGUCGUCAAGGUUGUUUUUGACAGAUUGAAAGGAAUGGCUCUCAUUUUAUACAACAACACGGAUUUCGCUCAAGCAGCUGUUAGGGAGACUAAAGGCUGGAAGAUUGGUGGUAAUAAAAUUAAGGUGGAUUUUGCCAGUCAGGAGAGUCAGAUGGCAUUUUAUCGGUCUAUGCAGUCAUCGGGACAAGACAUUAGAGACUUCUAUGAAAUUCCUCCUGAAAGAAGAGAGGAGCGCAGACCUCCCUACCAUGAAUUUACAGCAGAAAGAGCUUACUAUGAGAAUGUACGAACCCCUGGGCUCUAUCCAGAAGAUGCUCGCAGGGAAUAUCCUGCUCGCAGCAGAGACCGUUUUCCUGAACUGGAACAUUACCAGGGGGAUCACUUUGACCCACGUUACCACGAAGACCCCAGAGACUACAGGGAUUACAGAGACCCAUUUGAACAAGAUAUUCGAAAAUACACUUACAUUCAGAGGGAGCGAGAAAGGGAGCGGGAACGUUUUGAGGCUGACCGUAGUAGAUGGAGCCCCUCCCAUCCAAGGCGACCUAUUACUCCUGCGGUUUCCCCCUCACCAUCUGAACGUGCUCCCCGAGACUCAGAGCGACGGGUUUACAGCCAAUCCUCUGAACGAAGUGGCAGUGUAAGCUCCCUCUCACCACCACCACCACACUUUGACAAGUCUGACAAGACUCCUCUGGAACAUGGCUCCAAGGGUGACAAGAAUGAAAAGAAUCCUCAGGCCGAGCGUGUUGCAGGUACUGAGAAAAGCAAGCGUGCAAGACGAAAGGAAAAGGGUGACAAAGACAAAGGGGAGAAGGUUAAAUCCAGGAAAGCCAAGGCGCAAUCUCCCUGCAACCUAGCCCCUGAAAUAGAGCAGGAAACUGGCUUUGAUGGAAACUCUGGAAGGGGAAAAGGUUCAGACCAAGAUGGACAUGAGAGGCAGAGAUGCAAGGGAGACAAUGACCCUCUUGCUACCAAUCCAUUAUCAGUAAUUCAUCAUGAUAAUCUAAAAAAUGAGAGGUCUGAAAUGAGCAAAGGGGAUAAUUCAGAUAUAGAUGGAAAAAAUCGAGGCAAGAAACAUCUAAAGACUGAUAUUGGCAAUGAUGGAAAAGAUUCAUCAGCGGAUUCUGAUCGACUUGCUGCCAGAAAAAGGCGCUUUGCUGAUGCAAGUGGAAAAACCAUUCGACAGAAGAGAAUCAGGCUGGAAGAGGAAGAUGGUAAUCAACCCACUGACUUUGGCGCUAGUGCUGGGUAUUUAAAAGACAUAGAUAGUGACAAACAAAAAGAUGGUUUGCGUAGAGAUGCUAGGUUCAAAACAGAAAAACGUGCAUUUCCUGGCCCUCAAAAGGAGGGACAAGAGGAACUGAGAGGACAGAGAGAGCAAUCCGAGGGGCCUGCGGAUCUAUCGGCAUUAAAACGACACCCAGGACACAGUUCAUCCAGAAGGAUUUCACAUGAGGGGAAUACAGACCCAGGUAGCGCAAGAGACCAAGAACAUGGUGUUUUCAAAUAUAGUGCUCAGACUGCUGACAUUGACAAAGGUGCCAAAGACAGGGAUGACCAUGUGGAUAUUGACCUCUCUCAGAGUUAUCGUAAACAAAUGGAGCAAAAUAGAAGGCUCCAUCAGCAGCAGCAACAGCAGGAGCCAGAUAAGCCUGAAAAGCCUGGAAGUCCUCAAGGAAGUGAAACAGAAGACUUUGAACAUCGUAGUCUUGUCCAUGAAGUGGGUAAACCACCUGAAGAUGUAACAGACAAUUUUCCAUCUCAUAAACUCAAGAAACUAGACCAAUUUGACUCUGAUUCAGGUGCCAAAAGAGAACGCGUGUAUAGGAGCUUUAGACAAAAAAGUGAGGAUCCUGAUUGGAACAAUACUGCUUCCCCAGGACAUCAGCGUUUUUCCCACCUUGCAGAGGAUGACUAUGUGGAUCCUUCUCUUCAGAAAGAGUUUAGUAGAAACGAUGAAAAAAUUAACUCAGGCAUAGAGCUGUCAGUAAAACGGACACAUGCUACACAGAUGAGCAAGCCAAAUACUCCUUUACUUAGUGGUGAAGAAGAACAACAAAAGCGUUGGGAAAGCAGAGUCAAGCAAGACUUGGUACCUGACCUGAACUUUUCAAGAAGUCUAAGUAAAAACAUUCACAAUCGCAAGCGACUGGAGUAUGGCAUUUGGCAUGACUUGGAACCUGGGGAGGUACGAUCAGACUCUGAAGAGGACAGAGAGAACAAACCCAACUCCCCGAUGCCUUCCACAUCUAUGCCUUUUUCUGAGAGACCAAGGGCAGACAGAUUUUCAGAUCCUAAACUAGCUAAUCUUGAGCGGAAUAAAUUUUACUCCUUUGCACUUGAUCAGACCAUUACACCAGAUACAAAAGCGCUGCUGGAACGUGCAAAAUCCCUCUCGUCCUCCAGAGAAGAUAACUGGUCAUUCUUAGACUAUGAUUCUCACUUUGCAAGUUUUCGCAACAGAAAGGAUACUGAGAAGGUAGAAUCAACACCACGACCUACACCCUCCUGGUAUAUGAAAAAGAAAAAGAUUCGAAGUGGAUCUGAAGACAAAAUAGAUGACAGGAAGGAGGAGCCCAAGCCAGAAGAACAGGAACGCAGAGAACUAUUUGCCUCCCGCUUCCUUCAUAGUUCCAUCUUUGAGCAGGACUCAAGACGACUUCAACACUUGGAACGAAAACAUGAGGAACCUGAGCAGGGGCAGAAUCAACUAACUGGUCAGCAAGGGUCAGCGGAUAAUCAACUUGACUCUGAGCCAGUUGUACUUUUCCAUAGUCGUUUUUUGGAGCUUACACGACUGCAACAACAAAAAGGGAAAGACCGACUGCUGCAAGAAGUAAAAGGGGGAGAUGCAUUGGUAGAUGAGAAUAAAUUGGAUAAGGCACCUGAUCCAGAGCAACAACUGCUGCAGUCACCUGUAACUUCAGAACCUACCGUGGAGCCAGAAAUCAAACCCAUUAGCCCUGCGGAGGAGCUGACUUCUGAACCCAGACUUGUACCCAGUUUUGUUGUACAACCUCUGUCCAAAGAUAUGGUUCUACAAGAAGAGAAAUGUGUUGUAUUGCAGCCCUCCCCUGAUGGGUUGCUCUCUUCAGCUUUGAUUAAGGAAGAAGUAAAGGAAAAUGUACAUCCUCAGUCCACACGCCAGUUACCAAUAGAGGUUCAAAGCGAUACGAAUCCUAUAAAUUUAGGGGCUCCUGAGCCUAAUUAUCCAGUAAGUAGAGCGAAACUAUCUUCUUCUGAAGGGAAAUCGGAUAACACUGAAGAUGUAAAACCUGUGAUUACAAUGCAACCAUGCAACAGUGACGAGUUUGCUAGCAGUUCUGAUGUUGAUUUGGAUCCUGAGACCACACAACCAGAACUGCCUGAAGCCUCAAGCCCCACACCACACAGCCUUGUUGAGGAGAUGGAUGUGGUGAAAAAAGAGGCCCGUUACACUUACAAAGCAGUAACAGAGCAUGAAGUAGAAAAUAAACUUCAAGUCAAAGUGCCAGUGUCAGUUGAUAACGACACAAAUGAGGAGCAGGCCUCGCCACCUCAGAAAGAACAAAGAGCAAAAGAAAUGAAGAGUAAAAAGUAUAAGCAUUCCCCUGUCCAUGCUACUGCAGUGCCUGGCACUGCAACCUCCAGUUCUGAGAAACAAGGCAUUCGCAAGAGUGAACGUAUUGACAAAGAAAAGCUAAAACGUGGGUCAUCCCCGAGAGCUGAAUCAUUAAGGGUAAAUUCAGAUGGUAAAUCCACUGGCAAAUCUCCAAGUCACGGAGCAGACCCUGAUAAUAUUACAGAACCAAGCAUAUCAGUAGGCAGAGCAAGACGAAGAAAUGUCAAAUCUGUAUAUGCCACUCCAAUUGAAGACGAUGGCGUAAUGCGAAGUGGAAAAGAAAUUGCUGAGUCACCACGCUCUGUGCGAAAACGUGGUGUAGAUAAAGAUAACACCCCACAACAAAAUGUAGAACAUGAUACACCUGCACCAAUAACCUCUUCAAGACGAGGCCGUCCUCCUAAGAAUCGCCGUCAGAGUGAAGAUAGUGUAACAAAUAAAGGGGAAAAAUCAAAAGUGGACACUAAAGAGACUGAAUCAAAUGAACCAGAAAGUGGUGACCGAGUCCCUAAAGUGUCAAAAGGUAAACAAUCUCCUUGUAUCUCAAAAAGUUUGUCAAAUCAAGUUGCUGCUACCAGUGGGACUGUACCAAGUAGGAAGGGAGAUAAAACAGAGCUUCCCGAAGAUGAUGAUCAAGAGAUUGAAUUUACAGAUGAAGACAGCUUAGUUUUUCAGGAUUCAUCAAGUUCAUGUAAAGAAGAUUCCACAGUCAAAGUUGACCCAAAGAAAGAGAAGGACAAACGGCAAGGAAUUGACAAAUUUCAAAAGGAGACAGGCAAGGAAAAAGUCCUUCUUGAAGAAAGGACAUGUGAAGGUAAAACAAGUGGAAAGGUAUCCCCGGAUAUUGAGGAGAAACCCCCUGUGGAGAAAGAAAAGAUUGUCAGAGGAAAAAACAAAUUGACACGGACUCCUAAGUCUCCUGUUCUCAAGAAUCUAAAAAUCAGACUUAAUGUCACAGAGGUGAAAGAUUUGUUGCAGCUGGGGGAUGAAGAACCUGGGAAUCAAGAGGAUUGUUCAAAAAAGGUCAAACUUGGUGAGCAAAGUAAUCGCAUACCAGAGCCUAACACCAAAAAAGUGAGGUCAAGCAAUGAUGAUGAAGAUUCUACCCAAGAAAAAAAUCAACCAGUGGAUACAUCAAAAAACUUGCUCUCUCAGGAGCUGGAACUAGUGCAGGCUGUGGAGAACAUUGCUAAACUUACAGACCCAACCCUGCCAGCAGAGCCAGUUCCACCUGUCCCACAGACAGAGAUGAAAUGUGACAUGGAGGAAGAAAAAUCCUGUAACCCUGCAAGCGAAACAGAACUUAUGGCUGCUAUUGAUUCUAUCACUGCUGAGGAUGUAGCUGUGCCCUUACCCCAAGCUGCUCCAGUGAUAGGCACAGAAGUAGAUUCAGAACCAGAGAUGCAAGUUUUAAUUCAGCCAAAUAAGGAAGAUGAACCUGAAACGGAUGCAUCUGCUACACCAGAGGAGAAUCUUUUCUCAACUACACCCAAGAAAGGCAGCAAGGGGCGACCAAAAAUACCCAAAAGAUCUAAAAACCAAAAGCCAGUCAAAAAAGAGUUGGGAGAAAGGCGGCCAUUUCCAGAUGAAUCCUCAGAUCCUUCAUCAGAUAGUACACCCUCAACUACGAAGACUCUUCCAGAGAUCGCUCCUUCAGCAGCAGCGGCUGCUGUUAUAACUGCCACAACCUGGAAACCAGAGCCUGAGCCUUUGACUGUCAAGGCUACAGAUGUCACCAUGGAGUCAGAUUCAUCUGAAGAGCAGAUUCAGCAUCAUAAAUCUGUAUGUCCCCAGUCCAAGAGUCCUACCUGCCCAAAGCCUCAGCAGCUUCCAGCAGAAUGUAUCUCUCCUUCCCUUUCUCCUUCCUCUAGCCGGCCAAAUAUCAGGCCCAUUCAGCCAACUAGAAUUCCUGUUUCCCCACCAGACUGGAUCAGCCAAUCUAAAGACACAGGAGUCCCAUCUUCACCUGUCAUGUCAGGAGCACCACCGGAAAGCCAGUCAUUACCGCAUGACUCUGAAAAUAUGGAUGCUGAUCACAGCACAAGGAGGAUUCUUGUGAGACCCAAAAAUGUUUCGCUGCCAGGCAGUAGCUCAAUUACUAGUAACUUACCCACCUCGCGAGACCCACACCCAUCUGAAAGUGAUCCCACAUCAAGUGCCUUACCAAAUAAGUCACCCCUACCUGAUGGGAGGAUGCCAACUCAUCCUGCUCAGCCAGUUGUGCGGCCUCCAGCCUCCCUACCGUCUCCUGAGACAAAAUCUGUGAUUUCUGUUAUUGCAUCCACUGCAGCCUCUGUAAUUAGUCGUGUCUGCAAUCCCCCUGAUUCUGAAGAGAAGGUUAACAUGACGGUUGGAAAUCCCUGUGUAGACAUGACUCUUUCCAAGCAGACUUAUAGGCCUAGCAUAGAUGAUAGUGGAUCAUAUCAUGGGCCAUCUGUUGGUGAGGAGGGUGGAAGUGUUGGCCGCUUUAUUGUUGAGAGCUCCAGUCUUAGUACAGGAUCUAGCCCAGGUCUGAGAGUAAAUACAUCUGAAGGUGUGGUUGUGUUGAGCCACUCGGGGCAGAAAAUUGAGGGUCCACAGCGAAUAAGUGCAAAGAUCAGCCAAAUCCCACAAGCAACAGCUGUUGACAUGGAAUCUCAACAGUUGGUAGCUAUGCCCCAGACAAAGCAGGAAUUGUACACCCAUUCUCAGCAAGGGAUUCAAAAGGGGCCUCCAUCCCAAACAGAACAUGGGCAUCCUGGCAAGGCAGCGUCUGUUCCCUCUAUCAAACAAGAAGGCACAGGUUUAGAAAAGAUCGAAUCUGCCUACCAGUCUGGCCCACAAGGAGUAGUAAAACGUCUUCCGCAGGGAGUUGGCAACCAGCAAGUAAUGAGUUAUCAUCACCCAGAGUACAUGGUUAUGAAACAUCAAAAAAAAGAAGUCACUGAUUCACAUUGUGCAGAUGGUGCAAAAGCUUCCUGGACCUCUUCUAUAAGUCCUGCAAUAAGUCCCCACUUACCAUCCCCACCUGGAAACCAUGUAGGCUUUGUUGCAGGCACUGCUGGUGAUAGAGGCCCUUCACAUCUCAGUGGGGCAAAACAAGAACCACGUUCGCCCCGCAAGUCGGGUCAUCCUCAUUCUCCAUUUGCUAAAGUGCCCUCACCCAUAGGUUCCUCUUCUCCCAAAGGUAUACCAGUUAUGUUACCCUCUGGACAUCCUGCUAUGCAACAGUAUGUUACUGGCGUUCAUCACCCUGAGCAGUCUGUUAUCAUGCCUCCGCAUAGUGCUCAUGGUGGCAUAGGAAGGAUGUCCCCCCACCGAGUCACCCCAACAAUUGCAAUGGGUCAUAUUGUUCAAGGAGAGGUUCGUGUCAAUACUCCACCACUCUCAGUGAUGAAUUUUGGAAUGCAUAGUGAGCCUCUUGCCUCUCCCUGGUCUGGUUCCAUGCAGCAGCGGCCCACCUCACCCCAGCCCGUUGGCAGAGACAUGGUUCUCAAGGUUAACCCUAGUUCAGUAAGAGGCCAUGAGGGAGAACAGGAAGAUGCUAGACGCUUCCAUCAAACUGCUGGACGACAGUCUGCCACACAGCUGAAACCAGAGCCUAUGCAGUCAGAUCCCCGUGGGUCACUGCGCGCUGGCCUACAGUUGGAUACGUACAUGACACAAAGAGAUAUGCGUGUGCUGUUACAUCAACAGGGAGAUCGUACAGAUCCACAUACUGGACACAUUCAAGAAACUCUUCCACCCUCUUCAACAUCUUCCAAUAUCUCUUUAUCUAUGUCUCCAAGAGCACACGUUUUAACUAAAGGUGCGUCUGAGAAAGAUGUCACAAAGCCAUUGGAGACGAAGAGGCCACACUCCCCUCUUGGUAAGGAUGGAAUGAUGGGAAUUCGCCCUCCUGGGUCAGCCAUGGCUUCUCCCCAGAGAGUUCAGCUAAUGCCACCAGGACCUAGUGGUUCCUUUCCUGAGUAUUCCGGGAUGUACACAAACCCAAGGGGCAUCCAUUCUCAAAUGACAGAGACGUCUGUUGUUGGACUUAACCAGCCAUCGUUGAACAUCACUGCAGCCGUGGGUGCUGACCUCCAAACAAAAUCUGAUGGCAAGGUGACCCAGUCAGUCAACAUGGUGCAGCUGCUCACAAAAUACCCUAUUGUGUGGCAAGGCUUGCUUGCACUGAAGAACGACACAGCUGCAGUCCAGCUGCAUUUUGUCUGUGGCAACAAAGUGUUGGCUCAUAGAUCACUGCCCCUACAAGAGGGAGGUUCAUUGCUUCGAAUAGUCCAGAGAAUGAGACUAGAGGCAUCACAGCUGGAGAGUGUGGCCAGAAGAAUGACGGGUGAUAGUGAGUUCUGUCUCCUCCUGGCUCUGCCAUGUGGACGAGACCAAGAUGACGUCCUAAACCAGACUCAGGCUCUGAAGUCUGCUUUCAUCAACUACUUACAGGCCAAGUUGGCUGCUGGAAUAAUUAACAUCCCAAACCCAGGAUCCAACCAGCCAGCCUACGUGCUGCAGAUUUUCCCACCAUGCGAAUUUUCAGAAAGCCACUUAUCCCAGCUUGCUCCCGAUCUUCUCAACCGGAUCUCCAGUAUCUCUCCCCACCUCAUGAUUGUCAUCACCUCUGUGUAACCAUCUUGGCUGGGAACUGCCUCAUCAACGGAUUUUCUCAAUAAUGAGCCUCAGGAAAAUGGAGGAAUAUGUCAGAAUUGGUUUUUUCCUGGACGCAACAGAAACGUGUUGGAAAUGCUCUAUUAAAACUGAUGUUUUUUUUCCAUAUCAGUCCUUAUUUUUUCCUUUUUCCAUUCUUGUCUGGUAUUUUUGUCCUCCUCAAAAGAACUCAGGGAUGGACUAAACCAGAGCUUUGUGCAGUCUUAUUUGACCAUUUUUUCUGCUGUAUUUGUAUUUAUUUGGGAGUUUUAUUUUUAUGUCUGGAGAACUCUGAAGAAAAAAGAAAAAAAAAGGAUCCAGAAGUUUGAACAAGACAAAUGAGUGACUAUACUGUGGGUGGCCUUUUUCCAUCUGUCUUUUAACGAUUGUCAAAAUCGUUUCUUCACAUGAAAGGAUUAUUGAAGCUGUUGUGUUACAACGGCUUAGACAUUUGAGUUUUUUUUUAAUUAAAAAAAUGUUCACCCCCUUCCUGUUCAGCCUUUAGAGGAGGAAGAAGUACCUUCUGAAAUAAUGACUUUGUAGAGAGGACCAUGUCAUUUUAACGGCUCCUUAAUUCCACCAGCUCCGCUGUUUCGUGUUCACACACUACUGAAGCAGACGACGUUCUUGCACCUGCCUUUGCAUUGAACAAGCUUCAGUGUGAUUCGGGGGGUUUUAGGAUACAGGACUUUGUAAAUAUUUUAAAUAUUUAAAGUUGGACAAUGGAACUUGGUCAACUUGAAACCAAGAGACUCUAACACACGGACACACAGGAAGGCCAAGUGUGGAAAAUGAGAUGGAUAUCUUUAAUUUCCGGGGUGUAAAUACUUGUAACACACAGCAGGUUGGUAAACUCUCUUGUGGAGUCUGCCGAUGGCACUUCACAUUUUAUAACUCAAAUAAAAAUCCAGAAAACUUGAA